UUUCUACUCACCAUACUACCUGUAAUUACUGCGAAUCCCCUCCUCGCCCAUUGUGCCCUUCUGCACGCAAUACAGCCUGACGAAGAACACUCGGCAACGUCAACAGAUCAGACUUCUGUCAUGCAAGCAUGGGUUCCAAGACUCCACAUAAUGAUGACGGCCAGCAACAUGACAUUCCAUCCGGGAACGGGUCGUGUGCCGCUGGUGGAGAGGCACGAGGCAACCACAUCUCACGAGAUGGAGAUGGAUGCAUGGGCAGUAAAGGCGCCACCGACGACGACGACGACGAUGACGACAACGACAACAACGGCGACGAGUCUCAGGCCACCUUAAUGAAUGGCACUGGCACAGCCGCCGUUUCCUUGACAGACCCAAGCAAUUCUGCUGAUCACAGCAAGAAAAAGAAGCGCAAAAAGUCCAAGAAGAAGAAGAACAAGACAUCUGCUGCGCUGAAGCAGUCGGAGCCCCCGAGGAUCCCACUGGACGAUCUCUUCCCUUCCAAUGUCUACCCAGUCGGCGAGCUUUUGGACUACAACUACGGCGGCCCUGCGGCCGACACCACCGCCCGGGCCAAACCCGCUGAAGUGCGGUACAAUGGACGACUUUCUCUGCUGGAAGACAGUACAUUCCUGAACAACUAUCGCAAAGCGGCUGAAAUACAUCGUCAAACCCGACAUUGGGUUCAGAAAUCGGUCAGACCAGGUCAAACACUUACAGAGAUCGCGGUUGGAAUCGAGGACAGUGUUCGAGCGCUCCUGGGCAAUGCUGGCCUAGAGCCCGGACAGAGCCUCCAAGCGGGCAUGGGCUUUCCCACGGGACUUUCUCUGAAUAACUGUGUGGCCCAUUAUACGCCCAACCCAGGCCAGAAGGAAGUCGUGCUUCAACACGAGGACGUGAUGAAAGUGGAUUUCGGCGUCCAUAUCAAUGGUUGGAUCGUCGAUAGUGCGUUCACCAUGGCUUUCGAUCCCAUGUACGACAAUCUUCUGGCCGCGGUCAAAGAUGCUACCAAUACUGGUAUCAGGAAUGCCGGAAUUGACGUCCGCAUCAGCGACGUAAGUGCAGCAAUCCAAGAAGCCAUGGAAAGUUACGAAGUCGAAAUCCGUGGCAAAAUGUAUCCGGUCAAGCCGGUGCGUAACAUUUGCGGCCACGAUAUUAAACAUUAUCACAUCCAUGGCCAGAAAACCAUUCCAUUCAUCAAGAACUCGAGUCAAACCAAAAUGGAAGAAGGCGAGAUCUUUGCCAUUGAAACGUUUGGAAGUACUGGACGUGGCUAUACUAGGGAUGGUCCUGGCAUCUACGGAUACGGUUUGAGCGACGAUGCUCCGGCGCGUGCGACAUUUCCUCUCAGCUCGGCGAACCGUCUGUACAAAACGAUCAAGGACAUUUUUGGCACCAUUGUUUUCUGCCGGCGUUACCUUGACCGUCUGGGAUGCCAGCGGUAUCUGGCUGGGCUCGAUCACCUUGUUUCGAAUGGCAUACUCGAGGCGUACGCACCGUUGAUGGACAUUCCUGGAUCUUAUUCUGCCCAAUUCGAACAUACGAUCUUGUUGCGCGAGUCGCAAAAGGAAGUUCUUAGUCGUGGCAACGACUACUGAUGCUUGACUUCUCCAUGACAAGAGAGGUUGAGACUUGGGACGCUCGAUUGCCGCCGCGGCGGUUUCCUUGCCGUUGAACUCAAACGUUAGGGUUAUGGCUCGUCUCCUGCAUUGUCAUUGUCUCAAGCUGAGGCUGGUCUCAACACCGGCAAACUUGGAACCUAUGCUGCAGUGGUCACAACACCACAAGCAGCAAAACAAAUUAAAACUGGUUUCAACACCAACUAGUUGGCAGGACUACUUUCAACAUAGUCCUUACGAAAACGGAGAAGGGCUGAACUGAAUUCAACACAGUUCCUGGAAGAUGAGACGGAGAUGGAGGCGCAGAUGAUUGUUUUUACAAUAUCACUAGUAAUAAUAGUGAUGACACUCUCAUUUUGUCAUUUUGAAAACCGAUUACACAACAUAACAUAGCUUGUGUUCUUGAA